UAUCUUACAGCAUAAGCUUUCAUGGAAUGGAGCCCACUUCUGUUGUCCUUGAAACCUAACACCGUAAUAAAUGUGUCAGUCUUUAAGGUAACAGAACAUCUCGUUUGCUGUCUUUGCUGUAAUGAGCUAGCUCCAUAAAUUUAAAUUUGAGGCUCCCUCUAAUUUUCCCAGUUUUUAGAAAUCAAAGAAGCACAGAAAUAAGAUGUUUUCUUCCUUUCUUCACCAGUUUGGAUGAUUGACAACCACUAAUUAUACCUCUUGGAUUUAUCCUAUUUUUCCUCCUCAAAGGUCAACCAAAAGAUGGGUCUCUUCACUUACCUCACUCUUUGUCUUCUUGGAAUCUUCUUUUUGGGAGCCGAAGCUGACACCUGUGCAAGGGAAUGGCUGCAAAACCAAGGGAACUGCUAUGCUUAUUUUGAUAAUAAAUUAACAUGGCAAGAGGCUGAGAUUGAGUGCCAGAGCUACGGCCGUGGGGCCCAUCUUGCCUCUGUCCUCACCAAGGCAGAGACCCUUCUGGUGGCUGAACACAUUUCCACUUACCAACAAGAACCAAGCCAUGUCUGGAUUGGACUCCAAGAUGUUCGUCAGACCGGGAGAUGGAGGUGGGCUGAUGAGUCAACUUACAACUACAAGUCCUGGAUGACCCACCAGCCAGACAAUUAUCUCAAUAGUGAACAUUGUGUGGAACUGGUGUUUUCCUCAGGUUUUACUCUGUGGAAUGAUGCUCGGUGCCAGAGACGCAAUGCCUACAUCUGCAAGCAUGAGCUCUAAAGACCUUUGUGGCUGCCAGCUACAAUUGCAUGAAUGUCUUCUUGGAUGUCACUCCCUCUUCUCUUCUUUGGAAAAGAUCAAUCCUCACCUGUCCAUUUCAAAACAGCAUUUCUGAAGAGCUUCUUGACUGGUCUCCUUCAUCUCCUGUUGUUGUUGUUUGUAGCUAUGUCAUCGUUUAAUGUUAAUAAAUUCUUUCUGAUGCAUAUAUUUCCUGGAGUAUUCGUCCUCAAUCAGCACAACCAAUUCCUAUAGCCUGUCUGGAUGCAAAGGAAGACAACCAGACCCUUUUUUGGCACGUUGACAAUGAUCCCUUCUCAUUAGGCAGGCAACAUAUGCUUUCUCAAAGCCUUUGUGUGGGAUCAUUUUAUUGCAUAAUACAUUUACAUUGUCUUUAAAACAGUGGCAAAGUUGGGUGAAACUUCUGAGAGUUGAUCUGGGACAUCGAGAAAACCAAAAUCUAUCAGCCACUGUUUUACAACAAAGGGCAGACUGUGGUCUUUCAUCAGAACUCCAAAGUCCCCUAACUGGA